AUGGGAUUAUCUGCUGAUAUGCUGAAAGAAUCCGAUACUGGUUUCCAUGGAAUCAUCCCAACCCGACCCGCUUACCCCCUCGGUAAGAUUUCGCUAGAUGUCGUCUUCGGGACUCCAAGCAACUUCAGAAAGGAGAGGCUCGAAUUCGAGGUAGUUGAUUGGGAAUCGCAGUACCACGCUAUCCUUGGCAGGCCAGCAUUCGUGAAGUUCAUGGCAGUUCCUCAUUAUGCAUAUUUGAAGUUAAAGAUGCCAGACAACAAUGGGACAGCAUUAACCGUUCAUGGAAGCUUUUCUCGUUCUGAUAACUGCGACAGGGAAUUUCAGAAGAUCGCCUCCAAGUUUGGAGUCAGGGAGGAGCUCAACGCAAUCGAAUAA